AUGUCGGGCAUUGCGCCGUCCACCAACCGCGCCGAAGAAGUGCAAAACCUUCUGAAAGCAGUCGAAGACCUCCUUAUCCCAUUUAUUCGAUCCGCAGACGAAAAUCCCAACGGGUCCUCAAAAAAGAAUGGCGCCAACGGACACACUGGACUGGCAGGAACAUCGCUGGUGGACUAUAAGAAGCCAGAAGAACUGCGGGAAGUUCUCCAGCUCGACAUCCCAGAGAAUGGCACGGGGCAAGAUGGUCUGAUUGAGACCUUACAAAAGGUUUUGCAAUACUCAGUCAACACCUGGCACCAAGGCUUCUUGGACAAGCUCUAUGCGUCUACCAAUGCCCCCGGUGUCGCGGCAGAGCUCAUCCUCGCUACCUUGAACACCAACGUGCACGUUUACCAGGUCUCACCUGCGCUAACAGUGAUUGAGAAAUUCACUGGUCAGCGCCUGGCGAACCUCUUUGGAUUGAACGGACCCCGGGCUGGAGGUAUCUCUGUUCAAGGAGGAUCAGCAUCGAACACCACCUCCGUUGUCAUUGCGCGCAACAACCUCUAUCCCAGUACAAAGACGGACGGUAAUGGUGACUACAAGUUUGUGCUCUUCACCAGCGCCCAUGGCCACUACAGUGUAGAAAAGGCAGCACAGAUGCUCGGAUUCGGCAGCAGUGCUGUGUGGCCCGUUCCCAUCGACAGUGUAGGCCGCAUGAUUCCAGCUGAAUUAGAAAAGCUGGCCCAGAAGGCUCAGAGCGAAGGCCGGACCCCAUUCUACGUUAAUGCUACUGCGGGCACAACUGUCUUGGGCUCUUUCGAUCCUUUCAACGAGAUUGCUGCCAUCUGCCAGAAGUAUAACAUGUGGUUCCACAUUGACGGUUCAUGGGGUGGCUCGUUCGUCUUCUCCGAGCGACAGAAGUAUAAGCUGGCCGGUGCAGAGAAGGCGAACAGUAUCGCCAUCAACCCGCACAAAAUGCUCGGCGUCCCUGUGACAUGCUCAUUUCUACUUGCGUCGGACAUGCGCCAAUUCCACAAGGCAAACACCCUCCCCGCUGGAUAUCUAUUCCACAACGAAGACACUGAACCCACAACCAAUGGCGACGGGGAAUCAGAGUUGGAAGUUGACUCGCCGGAAGUGUGGGAUCUGGCAGACCUCACCCUUCAAUGUGGCCGUCGCGCCGACUCCCUGAAGCUAUUUUUGGGCUGGACAUAUUACGGUAGCAAGGGCUACGAGCAACAGAUCGACACGGCAUGCGAUGUUGCUGCACACUUGGCUAACACCAUCGACCAACAUCCCGAUUUUACUCUGAUCAGUGAGAAUCCCCCGCCUUGUCUGCAAGUGUGCUUCUACUACACGCCUGGCAAAGAAUAUGUCUACCCACGCGGCAUCGUCUCAAACGAAGCUCAGCGCGCGAAGAACAAUAGCAAGGUCACCGAACAAGUGACUCAUGCCAUUGUUCCCAAGGGUUUCAUGGUGGACUUUGCGCCUCCCAGUGGCGAUGAAGAUGCUAUUGGAAAUGGAAAGUUCUUCCGCUGUGUGGUCAAUGUCCAAACAACCACAGAGACUGUCGAUUCGCUUGUUCACGCCAUUGAAGAAGUUGGUCCUGGUAUUAUCGAGGGAUUGAAGUCCAGUAACUCGGCCGUUCCUCAAAAGCGACCUGGUGAACAUGGACAUGGGCCUGUGGUUCAUCGUUCUUGA